AUGAUCCUAUGUGGAUUAUAUCGACUCUAUUACAAUGGAUGGAUUUCUCAUCGUCGUCUAGCGUGGCAAAUGGCCCCAUUACCAUUGAAACAGGUUCAAGCGUUUACGAAUUCGCUAUGGCUCGAAACACAACGAGGUUUGGAUAUGACUGAACCAAGAGGGAUUGUAUUGCCAUUAUAUGAUGAUAUUGCAUUGCUGGGAUUCUCAUUGCUACUGGAAUUACGACAUCUCCAAGUGACGCUUCCAGUAGAGAUUCCACAUUGUGGAGAUUUGAGUAUGACGUUUCAACGCAAAAUGCACCGACAAGAUAAGAAUGUGAGAUUCAUUGAUGUUUGUCAACUAGCAGUCAAUGCAGUCAGUGACACACGUCCACUCUUUUGUGUCGACUUGGCACAUUGUCACGAUAAAUUCCGUCGCUUUGAAAUCAAAGUGUUGGCACUCGUGUACUCUCGGUUCCAGGAAAUCAUGUUGUUAGAUGCUGAUACCGUGUUUUUUCAGAAUCCAAUGUCACUGUGGAAGACAAACCAGUACAAGAACACGGGAACGCUCUUUUUUAAUGAUCGGAUCAGCUACGACGUGUCAUACUUGGCCAAGAGGAUGGAGUCUGAUGACAAACGACAAGUUGAUACCAAUGUGGGAGCACUACAUCAGUUCUUGUCGAACUUUGAUGUCACUCCGUACCGUCAAUUUGGGAUCAUUAACGACGGUCACUUACGGUGGUCUCAAGUCCCGACACGUCAUUUAGGACUGGAGUUUAGCUUCCAGCCUAGUACGUUCUUACUGAACUCGCACGUCUGGAGGUUACGUAGUGGCCAUCAGAUGGAUUCAUCGCUGGUGUUAUGGAACAAAGCGCGCCAACCUCGUGCUACAGCUAUCUUGGCAUCUUUCGUCUCGUUAAAUGGCUUAUUGCCCCCGCCGUCCUAUGGUGACAAGGAGUUGUACUGGCUGGCGUGCGAGCUUGCUGAGACUGCAUAUUCCUUUUCAGACUUUGGUGUUGGUGCCAUCGGCUGGGAUCUUGUCACUGUUGGUCAUCAGAACGACGGUGUGCUAUGCGGAGAUGCACUGCAUUACUACCCAGUGCAGCUGGAUUCGACCAAGGGCUCAAAACAAGACGUUCCACCACUCUAUAUGAACAGCGACCACAUUUUGGAGUGGGGACGAGAUUCUCGCCAUUUGUACCGCACGGUUGCUCGUCCAGCCGAGCUCUAUCCUGGAUCCUUCACAGAACGCAAGCUACCACAGUCUUGUCCAUUCAACGUAACAACGAUAGAACUCGCACCGCUGGAACUCAUUGCACUCAAGCAACGGCAACAGUUCUACAAUGUGGUGGCGGAAUGGAAUGGGUGGCACUUGUUCGCGUAG